GCUCCCCUUUCCCCUUGAAGAUUCCCCACACGAAGCUCCGACUUUUUGACCUAAAAAUUUCCCCAAGCGGCGAAUCAAUCAACGCCGGCCAUCAACCAAUCUGACCAUGGAAAUGAAUCAAGAAUCAACAGGCAUCCAUCAAAUCCUCCUCAAACUCCUCGACGGAACUCACCGAUUCCUCAAUUUCACCACCCCAAUCAUCACCACCCAUUCCCUAAAGCAACGAAUCCAAACCCUAACAUUCGUCCCCUCCCACCACCAACUCCUCCUCCUUCUUGGCCAGUCCAACUGCCCCCCCGCCCUCCUUACCGACGAUCACAAAACCCUCAAUCUAAGUCCCUCUUCCGGGCCCCACUGCAAAACCCAGGAUUUAGAUGGGAACUCCCGAUUCCCUUUGGUGGUUCACCUGUUGCUCCGGCUCAGGGGUGGGAAAGGUGGGUUUGGGUCGUUAUUGAGGGGGGCGGCCACCAAAGCCGGACAGAAGAAGACUAACAAUUUUGACGCGUGUCGGGAUAUGAGUGGCCGGAGGCUGAGGCAUGUCAAUGCGGAGAAGAAGUUGGAGGAGUGGAGGGCGGAGGCCGAGGAAAGGAAGCUGGAGAAGAUUGCCGAGGAGUUUAUUAAGAAGAAGGCCAAAGAGAUGGUUAAGAACGGGAAGGGUAAAGGGGGUGUGGAUACGGAUAAGUAUGUUCUGAAGUAUAGAGAGGAUUCUGCUAAGUGUAUGCAGGAGGUUGAGAGGUCGGUUAGGGAGUCGCUCAAAGGCCUCGUGUCUUCUUCCACGAAGAAGAAGAAAAGAGCUUCCGAGGGCAAUGAGUCUGAUGCCAAGAGGUUCAAGAUAUGCAGGUUUGGUAAGAGAAAAGUAGCUGGUAGUGAUAGUGAGGAUGACAGUGAUGAGGAUGAGGAUGAGAACAACAAAUCUGUUGUUAUAGAUAAAGGGGAUCAAUCAGACUCCAGUAAAGAAGCUGAAGGAAGUUCUGAUUCUGUUACAGAGGCUCGACGUGAUGCGAUUUCAUCCGAUACUGGCCCUUCUGAAAGCAGCUCUGAGGAAGAGAAGGACAAUACUGUUAAAGAGGGUCGAGAAUCUGGCGAAAGUGAGGUUGAUCUCGUGGAAGCCGCAACUGUGAUUGAACUUGAACUAGGAACUUUGGAAGAGAAGACUUUACAGGAUGGAGACAAACUUUCCUUGCAGGCAUCUGUUGUGGGAAUUGGAACUAUCCAUGCCAAAAAGGAACCUUCUGAUAAAUCCUGUUUAUCUGAUGCGGGUGGUAGAGUUAGCCAGGCACCAACACAGUCUAUUUCAGGGGAGGAUGAGGCGUCAGCUGUUGUAGCCAGCAAUGAUUCUAUCUCUAAUCUGGCUAUGCACGAUGAAGUGGUGACAACUAUAAAUGCAGAGGCCUUGAAUUUGGAGAAGCCAAUUAAUCUUGAAGAAAUUAAUUCAGCUGCUGAACUUGAGGUUCUUGGUUUGGAAAGGUUGAAAUCAGAGCUUCAAGCACGAGGACUAAAAUGUGGAGGUACUUUGCAAGAACGUGCAGCAAGGCUUUUUCUGCUCAAAACUACCCCUGUAGAGAAGCUUCCAAAGAAGUUACUUGCCAAGAAGUGAAAUUAUUUGGAAUAUUGUUAUUUGUAGAGAUGCCAAAUCGAAUAACCUGGAGAGAUGCUUGCAUUAUCAUAACUGCAACCUUGUGUCCUGCUGGAUUGUCCUGUACCGUGUUUACUUAUGCAAAGGAUGUUUUACAUUUGUGUUAAAAAAAGUUAAUUGUGAGCCUUAGUAUUAGGUCCUAACGAAAAAAAUAUUGACGAGUUCUGGAGAAGCGUUGACGCUGUGUAAGGUUUAAGCCGUAUGGCCCAUCAAGCAUAAGAUUGUAUAUUUUCUCAUCCGGACUUUAUUGCAUAAUCGAGUGAUCUGCAUUUCGUGUCUACCCUUUCUGGAGCCAA